AGCUAUUGACAACAUCAAAAUAAUACUAGUACAUAGAAUAUAAUGUGGAGGCUAAAGGUGGCAGAAAGCGGAGGUCCUUAUGAGGCUUACCUAUACAGCACAAAUAAUUUUGAUGGGCGUCAAGUUUGGGAGUUUGAUCCGAGUUACGGUAGCCCUGAGGAGCGCGCACAAGUUGAAAUGGCUCGCCAAUUCUUCACUCUAAACCGCUCCAAAGUCAAGCCAUGUGCCGAUCUUCUUCUUCAAUUUGAGUUAUUGAAGGGGAAUAAUUUCCAACAAACUAUUCCAGCCGUUAAAGUCGGUGAAGAUGAAGAUGUAACCUAUGAGGCUGCCACUACCUCCUUAAAGAGGGCAUUACGCUUCUCCUGUGCCAUGCAGGCCAAAGAUGGCCACUGGCCUGCUGAGAUUGCUGGUCCCUUAUACUUUCUACCUCCCUUGGUCAUGUGUCUGUACAUUACUGGGCAUCUGGAUGAAACAUUUUCACCAGAACAUAAGAAGGAGAUUCUUCGAUAUAUAUACAACCAUCAAAAUGAAGAUGGAGGUUGGGGAUUUCACAUAGAGGGCCACAGCAUCAUGUUCUGUACCGUACUUAGCUACAUUUGCAUGCGUCUUAUGGGUGAGGGUCCAUUUGGCGGCCAGAACAAUGCUGUAGAAAGAGGUCGAACGUGGAUCCAUGAUCAUGGAGGUGUAGUUGCAAUACCCUCUUGGGGAAAGACAUGGCUUUCGAUAUUUGGUCUGUUUGAUUGGUUGGGCUGCAACCCCAUGCCACCAGAGUUUUGGGUCCUUCCUUCUUAUUUUCCUAUACAUCCAGCAAAAAUGUGGUGCUACUGUCGGUUGGUUUACAUGCCGAUGUCAUACCUAUAUGGUAAGCGGUUUGUUGGACCCAUCACAGAUCUUGUUGUGCAACUAAGAAAAGAGCUUCAUUCUCAACCUUAUGAUGAAAUUGAUUGGAAGAAAUACCGGCAUGUUUGUGCAAAGGAAGAUGUGUAUUACCCACACCCUAUGAUUCAAGAUUUUUUAUGGGAUACUCUUUACAUGUUUGAGCCAUUACUGACACGAUGGCCCUUCAACAAGUUGGUGAGAGAGAAAGCAAUCCAAGCGACAAUGGAACACAUUCAUUACGAAGAUGAAAAUAGUCGAUACAUCACCAUCGGAUGUGUUGAGAAGGUUCUUUGCAUGCUUUCUUGUUGGGUAGAAGAUCCUCAUGGUGAUUCUUUUAAGAAACAUCUUGCUAGGAUCCCAGAUUACAUGUGGAUUGCCGAAGAUGGAAUGAAGAUGCAGAGUUUCGGUAGUCAGCAAUGGGACACAGGUUUUGCAGUUCAGGCAGUUUUGGCUUGUAAUCUACUAGAGGAGUCAGGGGAUACUCUCAGAAAAGGGCAUGAUUUUAUAAAAAACUCACAGGUCAAGGACAACCCAUCUGGUGACUUCAAAAAAAUGUUCAGGCAUAUUUCUAAAGGAUCUUGGACUUUCUCUGAUCAAGACCAUGGUUGGCAAGUAUCGGACUGCACUGCAGAAGGGCUUAAGUGUUGUCUCAUGCUGUCACAACUACCACCAGAAAUCGUGGGUCCGAAACAUGAAGCAGAAAAAUUGUAUGAUGCCGUGAAUGUCAUCUUGUCUUUACAAAGUAAAAAUGGAGGUUUACCGGCGUGGGAGCCUGUAAAAGGAGCGGAUUGGCUAGAGCUUCUUAAUCCAACAGAGUUUUUUGCGGACAUUGUAGUAGAACGUGAGUACGUAGAAUGCACUGCGGCAGCAAUCCAGGCUUUCGUGCUAUUCAGGAAAUUAUAUCCUGGACACCGCCAAAAGGAGAUUGAUGCUUUCAUCUUAAAUGCAGUUCAUUUUCUUGAAGAUACGCAACUGGCAGAUGGCUCAUGGUAUGGUGUUUGGGGUGUUUGUUUCACUUAUGGAACUUGGUUUGCACUGGGAGGUUUAGCAGCAGCAGGGAAGACUUACUCCAAUUGUGCAGCUGUGCGUAAAGGUGUCCAAUUUUUGUUAUCUUCACAACGCCAUAACGGAGGCUGGGGAGAGAGCUACCUCUCUAGUCCCUUCAAGAAAUAUGUACCGCUGGAAAACGACCAAUCCAAUGUGGUGCAUACUUCAUGGGCCAUGAUAGGUCUAAUUUAUUCUGGUCAGGCUGAGAGAGACCCAAGACCUCUCCACCGUGCUGCCAAGUUGCUAAUCAAUUCACAAAUGGAAACUGGAGAAUUCCCUCAACAGGAAAUUACGGGAGUAUUCAAUAAGAACUGUAUGCUACACUAUGCAGCCUACAGGAAGAUAUAUCCGUUGUGGGCGCUUGCAGAGUACCGAAAUAAAGUCAAAUUACCUGCUUAAUUGAUCAAAGAUCAGGUUCAAGUGUCUCAGCUCAUUGCUCGUACUCUCCAUAAACAGAAUGCAUGUACCAUUUUGGAAGGUUUAGGUUGUUCUUCGGUGAUAUACUAUGUAAAUAAUGUAAUGGAGCACCAGCUAAUAAUCAGGAAGUUAAAUGUGCUCAUAAAGCUGAUUCUGAGGUCACGGAAUGAUAUGUUUUUCUUCCAUGGCCAUGGCUUACAAAUAUACGUGGACAAAAUUGUAUUAUUCAGUACAUACCUACUUUUGUGUUUAAUUUUCCAUAAUUUAUUUCCAAAA